UUUCACAAAUGGACGACUCCAGAAUGAAAUUUGUGGAAGAUGAUCUCCUUAGUAUUUCAGGACUUCCUAUGGGCUCCAGAGAGUACUAUAUAUUAUGGUCAAUGGAGAAGAGCUUUCAAAAUAUCUUCCAACAUCUGGAAAAUGCAAGAGCAACACUUUUGGAACCGGAUUUACCAGAAUCCCAUGGUACGUCUUCUUCCAUCUCUGACACUGUGGCUCAUGAGAGUGUCCCACACUGCCAUUACUGUAAAAAUAGGAAACGUUCUACUGACUACAGCAUAUCCUCUGAAUCCUCCAACAACAGCUGGAUCCUGUCUUAUCUUCCAAUCUUUCCUGAAAGAACAACUUGGCAAAUCCAGGGCAAUAUUGUCCCCGAUUUCCCGGAAAAGGAAUUGCCCACAUCUAGGAACCGAAGCACACCACUGCCUACCUUUCAGCUGACCGACACUGAGAAGUCAGAUCUUUUCCAGAAUUUUGCUGUCCUUCCUCCUUUACAAGCUCAUGGCUCUUUUAUUAACUCUAAUUUACAAUCCCUAGAUCCGUUAGUCAGAAGAGAGCUGCAAGGACAUAUGUCUCAGAAGGUUUCUACUCUGCAGAAACAAGUGGUACCUCUGCCUGUGAAGAAGUCAUGGAAAACACUCAAUCAUCUGAUGGAUGUACAAGGAGUUCCUGAACAGGAGAUCUCCCACACUCAGUUACCUACACCCAUCCCUCAGAGCACCAAGCUAAGUACCAACAGAUCUUCAGGUGUUCCAUUGAUUCAUCUACAUGUGAACAUCAGUGUCAAUUCUGAAGUAAAUAGGACAGAAGCCAGAAUGUCAUGGCCACUUACCUCCAACAAGCAGUUAGAAUCUGAGAAUGACCACCAAAUCAUUAGAUACAAUCCUUUAGUUAUAUCAAUGGACAGGCCAUCUUCCAGACAUGUAGAAGUUAAUGCAAUUCAGGUAGAAACCACUUUACAGAAAAAGGAUCCAAAGCAAGUGUUAGAGCUGAAUAUAGAACAGAGAGUCAUAGGUCUUCCAGAAGAAAGGAUGAAGUCACAUAAGGCACAAGGAACUCAUGCAAAGCUGACACCCAAGCCACCAUGUUCAGCCACAGACAGAAUAAAGGUCACUCCGAUGGCAUUGCUUCAGGAUAUGGAUUCAAUGGGAAUAAUCCCAGAUUCACAUUCAGAGGUAACAACAGACCCUGUGGGGAAAACAAAAGAUAAGACUGAUUUAUCACAGCCAUCAAAUGAAGCUCAAAAAGUGAGUGUACCUUGCAAGUCAUCAAAUACAGUAAUUGAAUCGAUAAAUAUAGUAAAUCCUGAGCAUCAAACAAGGGAACCAAAGAUUACUAACCCAUCAGAAACGAGUCUGUAUGAAUUCACAGAAAGCACCGAAUUGACAUUGCCUGAAUUUGAUAAUACCCAGGGGACCAUUGUAGAAUCAUAUUCAGAAAUGGGAUCUCAGGGGUCGUAUCUAGAACCAAGAGUGCAAAUUGAGGAAUCAGAGUCAUUGGUAGAAAAAAACCACUGAACCAUCUAGACUAGUUAUAGAACCUAUAGAGUUAACUACAGGACCCACAACACAUAUUAUAGAUGCGAUCCCAAGGCCACAGCUCCACAAUGUAAAGUCUAUGCAAAUAGAUACAGGACUAGAGUUACAAAGUGAGCUAUCUGUGGAUUUAGUACAACAGAAAUCUCUAGGAGUGUUAGAUCCUGAAAAGGCAAAACCAGAGCCAGAUCUUCAGAGUUUAUCACCAAAGAAGUUGGUUGAGGGGACACAGAUUCCAACUGUGAAAUCCGUGGAUUUGAAUUUGGGCCAAGAACAGCCAGUUGUCAAAUCACCAUUGAUUCCAGGGCUACACCUGCAAAGUGUCAGAUUUCCAAAGUUAUAUCAAGGGCAACUUCUUCAAGGGGAAAAUCCAGCAAAUUCUAUCUCGGGGUCCCCACAUUAUAAUUUGAAAUCUGAUGAAGCAAUAUCAUAUUUCCCAGUACAAGAAAUCAGGUCAUCUGGUUUUAUUCCAGGGCCAAAGGUUCUAGAACCACAUCUACAACAUGUGAAAUCUACUGAAGUAAAUCUAGGACCAUGUUUGCAAGAUGUGAGAUUUUCUGAGUCGAUGCCAAAACCUAAGCACCAUGGCUUCAAAUAUACACAGCUCAUACAAGGUUUUCUGCUUCAAGAGAGGACAUCUCAGGGAUUUAUGCCAGAAUCAUUUUGGCCAUUAAGCCAAGAGCCAAAGUUCAAAGAUAGGAAGCUUGCUCUGACUACACAAGGAUCUGAAUUUCACAACAUGAAAUUUACAACACAAGCCACUGAACUACAGCAUCCACAUGUGAUAUCUGAGGAUGUCAGCACAGGACCUCGGGAACAAGUUACCAAAUUUUCUGAGCUGGCUUCAAGACAGAGACUUCAAGAGAUCAAAUUUGGGGAGCAAAUCUCAGGAUUGCUGUGUGAUAGUGGAAGUUCUAUGACUCUAGAAUUAGGGAUGCAGGAUCCCAACCUAGCAAAGAUGAUGACUGCAGAGCUACAGGAUACAAGGCAAGUGAGUUUUAACUCAGGGCCAUGGCUUCAAGAUGUCAAAUUAUUGGAUGUAAUACGAGGAACUCCACUUCAAGGUGUGGAAACUUCAGAGCUAAACUCAGGGCCACAUUUAGAAUGUGUAAAAAAUUUGAGUUGACAAUACAGCCAGAGAGGCAGGGGAUGAAGCCAGAAUUAAUAAGACAAGUGUCCCCAUUUCACAAUGUAAAAUAUGUCACAAGGAGUCAAGUACCAAACUUUGAAGACAAAAUGUCUUAUAAAAUGGUAUCUGAGUCACAGGUGCAAAUGGCAGAAACAAUGAAAUUGGCUCCUGGGAGACACUUAGGAAAUGCAGAUCAUUCUGAGUUGAUCAGAAGACCACAGACCCAAGGCAGAGCAUCUUCUGAAUUGAUAGAAGGACAGCUUUUGGGACAUAUAAAACCUGUGGAGAAGAACACAGUCUCAAAGCAAGAAGCUCUGCCAUCUGUGGAAUUAACACCAGGGCUACAUUUGGGAGACAUUACAUCUACAAAGUUAAAGUCAAUGUCAGAGCUGGAGCAUGUCAAGUCUAUGCUGUCAACCCCAGGGACGCAGGCAGGAGAUAGGAAAGUUGAGGAGCUGCCUCCAGGCUCCAGCUUGAAGGGUUUAAAACAUAGGUUACUUUCUUCAAGGCCAAAAAUAGAAGAUAGGAAACCUGUGAUCUUAACUGUAGAAGAGUGUCUCAAGAGGAUAAAAUCUACUGUGGAAUCCCCAAGUAGUUCACUGAGAGGAGAUAUGAAGUCUGUGAAGUUGAUUCCAGGUUCAAGAAUUCAAGAAUUGAAAAACAAGGGGUUGGCCUGUGAUACACAUGUUCAAGAUGUAAAUGCCAUGGACUUGAAACUUGAACCAAAGAAGCAAGAGGAGAGUCCUGUGACUUUUGUACCAAGGAUGCUGUUUCAAGAGAAGUCUAUGGAGGUGUUUCAAGGGCCUCAACUGCAAGGUGUAAAACCCAAGGAACUGACUUCACUGCCACAAAUGCAAGAUAGGAAACCUGUGAUCACCCUAUGUUUGAAACAGCAAAGUGUAAAACCUGUGACUGUAGCCAAACCAAACCAAAACCUGCAAAUAUAAAACCCACAGAUGAAAUGAACUCUAAGUCACAAUUCAAAGGUGCAACCUCAUUUGAAUUUGCUACUGAUCCAGUUGUUCAAAGUGUAAAACCUGAGAAGUUCCAAACAGGUAACUGUAGCCAAACACAAGGGAUCCAAGGAGUAAAUUCUUUUGUAUACACUGCAGGGCAAAAAUCCUCUGUGUGAAAAUUCUAAUAGGUAUAAUCUUGGGCCACUUUUUCAAGGUGUGAAUUUUUGUACAUUUCCAUCACCACAAAUUCUGUGUGUAUAUCCUGUUUGGUGCAAUACUAGAAUACAUUUGCAAGAUAUAAAUUCUUCUGCAUGUACUCUAAGUCAAGAAUCUCAGUCUGUAAAUUCUAUUGGCUACAACCCUGGGCCACAUUUACAAGCUCCAAAACUUCAAGAGCAACACUUGAAAGAUUUUAAGUCUGAAUUAACUCCAGGGUCAAACAAUUUGGGUAUACCACCUAUGGAAUUCAACCCUGGUCCACAAAGUCAAGAUAUGAAUUCUUCUGGGUUUAAUCCUGAGUCAAAACCUCAGUGCAUAAGUUCUGUAAAGCCCAGUUCAGGGCCACAGUUGCAAAGCAUAAAGUCCUUUGAGUUGACCCCUGACUCAGAGUCUCAAAGUACAAAAUCUGCUCUGUUAAACACUAGAUCACCUUCUCAAGGUGUGGGUUCAUCUAACUUAAUGCCAGGGGCAAAGGUUCAAAAGAACCCACUUUUGAAGAACCAGCGUGGGUCAUGGCAUCAAAGUGCACAACCUAUAUUAAGUUUGAGGCCUCAUUCAAAUGGUGUGAAUUCUGUGGCUUUACCAAGGUCACCACCUGAAGAUAGAAAGUUUCCAGAGAGGAGCACACAAGUAUUGUUUUGUAAAAGUACUGGAGAACUGACAACUAGCUGUGGUCUGAAUGACUUGAGCAAUAAGUUGUUUUUUCCAGAUCCUUGUUUUCAAAACCUUCAAACUGUGCAGUUGAAGCCUGUACCACAGUCUCAAAGUGUGAGUUCUUCAGAAUUGAUGCCAUGCCACAGUUCACAACAUCUUAUGUCUUCCCUUGCACCAAAGCCAUGUUUUCAAGAUACAAACCCUAAGGAGCUGAUAAUAGGAUCUAAACAGGAGAGUCUGAAUUGCCAACUCUUUCCUUCAGAGGAGAAACCAAUGAUGGUAUUGGCCCCACAGUCCACCAGGAAGCUCUUAGCAGGACCAGCACUGACUAGUGUCAAAUUUUCAAAUUUGUCACUGAAAUCACAGCAGCAAAAUACAAAAUCUUCGGCAUUUACUUCAGAGCCAAAAUGGCAAGGUGUAAAACAGGUAAAAUUACCAUCAGUGUCUCUGCCAGAAACAGGAAAAUCUGUGGAGUCACCACCAAAGUCAAUUCUUCAAAACAUGAAACCUGGGAACCCAAUGCCCCAGACAAUUGAUUCUGUCACAAAAUCUGCUAAAGUCAUAUAUAGACCAGAGCGACAGGUGGUGGACUUUGCAGGGAUGAGCAUGAAACCUAGGUAUCAAGUCCCUAAAUUGAAUUUUACUUCACCAAUUUAUCAAGAUGUGGGAUCUUUAGAAAUGAAAAAAGGGUUGGGACAUAAAAGCAAAGAAAUGAUGGAGAAAUCUGUGAGGUUGGGCUCCAACCCAACACAUAAAGUCAUAGAAUCAUUAGAGAUGCCCCUGAAGCUAGAUCUUCAAGUACCAGAAUUUUUUGAUCUGACUCCAACACUAAGUGAUCAAGAUUCAAAAUCCUCAGAACUAAACCAGAUCCCAGAAACUCCUGAGUUACAUUCUUGGUCAUGGCCUCAAUUUCAAGAUUUCAAGGAGUUACACAUAAAAGAAGUUAUAGAAUCUGAUAGAAUGGCCCUCAAUGUCAAGAGUCAUGUUGCAGACAUGAUAGAGGUGACUUGUGAAGCAAAACAGCCAGCAAAAGAAUUUCUUAGAAUGACUCCAAAGCCAGUAAAUAGAGAGCCCGGAUUUGUAGAAAAAUCUCCAAGGCCAUGUCCUCAAGACUUAGGACCUCUGGGGGUGGCCUCUAAGAAAAUAUCUCAAAGGGAACAAUCUGUAGUAUCAACACCAAGGCCAUUCUGUUACAUCCCAGAUCCUGUUUCAGGAAUAACACCAGGGCCAGGAACUCAGAUUCCCAAAUCUAAAAAUUUGGCCUCUAUGCUGUGGCUGCAAAAAGAAUGCUCUGAGUUGUCAUGCAAUCAAGCCAGUCAAUUUGAGGGAAAUACAGACUCUGUAGAGCUCACCUUUGGUACAGGGCAGCCAGGAGAGGUAGCGGCUAAACUAAUAGAACCUCAGAAUCUGAGCCCGGAAAGUGCAAGCAUCACUCCAAUAGAAUCACUGGAUCAAACGGUAAACUUUGUAGGCAUUAAUCCAAAGCCACAAGAUCAAGUGACAGAAUCUGCAAAGACACCCCUUCCAGUUCCUCAAUCAGUUGCCCUCCCCAAAGUUUCUGAAAAUGUGGAAGAGAUUCCUGGACCACCACUUCAAGUUAUAAAGUCUGUGAUGAUUCCAGAGAGUACCCCUCAAAAGUCAAAAUACAAUGAUUUGACUCUCAGAAUACAUGAUGUGAUAAGUUCAGAAUUUGCUCCAAGCCUUUGGCUACAAAAUGUGCAAUCCAAUAAAUUAACCCUAGCGCCAACACAUCAGGUUUUAGAAAUAAAACGACAACCAGGCUUUCAAAUUAUAAAGACUGUAUUAAAUCCCAAACCACUGGUUCUGAUUGUAAAAUCUGAAGAAGUGGCAUCAGGACUCACCAUGAGAUCGAGCAUUAAAAUAAAGGAGUGUUUGAAUUACACUCAAGACCACAUCUUCAAGGACUGGUAAAACUUGCAGGGUUAACUCCAAAGGCAGAUAUUCAAGUGACUUCUGCAGAAUUAAUAUUUCAGCAAACAUCUCCCCUUAAGGAACCUACAUUGUUAAC